AUAUAUAUAUUUUUUUUGCCUAUUUAUAGGAUGAUGCAAUGCAUGUCAUGAGCAUUAAACAUCAAACAGUAGGUUUGGGGGUCUACCACAGAGGUUCUUGUUGUGAAUGCUUGCUAAGAGUUUUAUUUAAUCCACUGAAGUGCUCUGAUAUGACCAGAGUCGAUAAGUAGGCUACACCAGCGAGAAAGGUGGUCAGCUUUAUGAAGCCUAGGCUGGCUUUGUCGUAAUACUCCUGGAAAACCAGCUUGUGGUAAACAGUCAGGGUUGUGUUGAUGUGACAGGGCAUGUUGUUUACCCUUAAGGAAACCUCCCUCAGGUGCGACUGCUCCGGGACAGUCACAUGGGGUCCUUUAUCCCUGCUGAAUGUACCCCUGGCAGAUUUCUGUCACUGCGGGAGGGGACCUGGCUCCUUGUGUAACAUAUGACACAUGCAGCAGCCAGUGGGUGGGGGCCAUUUUCUCCGAAAAGAGCCUGGCAAACAAGCAGGGAGGAAUGUGUUCCCUGGUUGGUGGGAGAGAUCGGGUGUCGCUGGCUGUGAAGGGCUGGUAUAAAGGACAGGGCUGCUAUUCCCCAGUCAGAACAGAUGUCAGCACUUCAGCAGACUCUGAAGCAGCUACCAAAGAGAGAGGCUCAGCCCCCAUCCUCUAGUUACUGGCCUAUAGGAGAAGAAGCAGUCAUCCAAGACCCACUGUGAAGUUUGAGAAGGCUCUGUCGAAAAAGAGACUCAGCUUUUCUAGCCCAACAUCAAGGAGAAGCCUAUUUCAGCAUGGAUGUCCAGAGAACAGGCUCGGUGGUGCGUCCACCCAGCCCCAUGGAGAGCCUGGAGAAGCAGCUGAGCUGCCCCAUCUGCCUGGAAAUGUUCACUAAGCCCGUGGUCAUCCUGCCCUGCCAGCACAACCUGUGCCGUGGCUGUGCCAGUGACCUCUACGACUCACGCAAUCCCUACCGCUUCUCGGGCGGCGUCUUCCGCUGCCCCACCUGCCGCUUCGAGGUGGUCCUGGACCGCCACGGCGUGCACGGCCUUCAACGCAACCUGCUGGUGGAGAACAUAAUCGACAUCUACAAGCAACAGCAGGAGGGCGGCGGGGGUAGUGGCAGCAGAGACAGCACAGAGACUACAUUGAAGCCCAAGGAUUCUAAGGAACCCAUGUGCCAGGAGCACAAGGAGGAGAAGAUCAACAUCUACUGCGUGACCUGCCAGACACCCACCUGUUCCAUGUGCAAGGUGUUUGGCCAGCACAAGGACUGUGAAGUGUCCCCGCUGGCCAGUGUCUACCAGGUGCAGAAGGGCGAGCUCAGCAACGCCAUCGAUGCCCUGGUGGCUGGCAAUGGGCGCCUUCAGGCCCUACUCAACCAGAUGGAGGACGCCUGCCGGGCGGUGCAGGACAACGCACAGCGCGCCAAGCAAAGUCUGGGCGAGCGCUUCGACCUGCUUUACGCCGUGCUGGAGGAGCGUAAGGGCAUUCUGCUAGAACAGAUCGGCAAGGAGCAGGACGAGAAGGUGACAGCGUUAAGGGCGCUUGCCCAGCGCUAUGGCGAGCGACUGCAGGCAGGCUCAGAGCUGACUGACACUGCAGUACAGGCCCUGGAGCAGAGCGGUGCUGCAGAGUUCCUGCUGGCUUCCAAGGGCCUGAUUACACAGACCAAGGACACCGCCAAGAGCUCCCUGGGCGAGGAGAGGCCCGAGCCGGGCUUCGAGAAGAUGGACCACUUCACACUAUCCACGGAGCAUGUGGAGGUCGUCCUGGCCAAGAUGGACUUUGGAAUGGUCGACGAUGACGAGUUUGAGGAUGCGGAAGGGGACGAAGAGGAGGAGUGAUGGAACUUGAAAAUAUACGAACUGAACAAAUUAACAAACUAUUUACUACUUCUGAAGGUUAUUUUAACCUGAAUGUUCAUGGCAGAGACUCUAGUUUCAAUGUUUCAGAGAUAUUAAGAGAAUUUAGGAGUAAGGAAGAAGUUGGUUGCUUCAGAAUGUUUUCGUAAGGAGUUGAUUGAAGUGGAUAUACAAUGGCUUAACACAGUUUUGAGUGCAAUAUUUAGGUUUUUGUACUCUUAAAAACUUUGCCAUUUUGUAAACUAUAGCGUUUUUUAUACUUUUGUAUUUCCAUAUCAGAUUUAUUCUGACCUAUUUCUUAUGUACUUUAGGUUGAAUAUCCUCUGAUUGUUUACACUUGAAGACUUUAUCAUGUGUACAGAUUGAGAUGGGAAUAGAGUUUUGAUUUGUGAUUUCUCAUCUGCAUCUAGAAUGCCUGUGGUUGUAUCAAACGGAUAAAUGCUUGAAUUGAUUGCGUGCCCUCAACUGGCAGCAGAAUAUUUCAACAGAUCUGUUUUCGUCGCAACCUGAAAUAAAGGGUGCUUCAAAUUA